CUCAACUAUGGCGUCCCUCUCGUAGUGCAAGGGCCGAGCCAUUGGGAUCACAACAAAACUGUAUGAAUUCAGUGAUCUGGGCACCGGACCAGGUUUGGAUCAGGAUGCAGAAGAUCAAGUCGCUUAUGGCCCGGCAGGGCCUGAAGAGCCCCCAAGAGAGCAUGGCAGACCUCAGUCCAGUGGAGAACCUGAGGAUCCCAAGCAAGGAGGAGUUGCGGGAGCUACGAGAGCAGCCCAUCGACCCUCAGGCGGAGCAGGAGAUCAUCGACAGCAUCGAGGAGGUCUACUUCUCCAACGACUCCUUCGACAUGGUGCAGCAUGAGCUGGAGAAACUCCCACCUGAGCUGAACCUGCAGGAGCUGGAGGAGUACAGAGACAAGCUGAAGAGACAGCAGGCAGCAGUUUCUAAAAAGGUCGCCGAUCUUAUUCUGGAGAAACAACCCGCUUAUGUCAAGGAGCUGGAGAGAGUGACAGCAUUACAGACCAACCUACAGCUAGCAGCAGUCAUCUGCACUAAUGCAAGGAGGCAGCUUAGCGUGGCGAAGGAGGGCUUCACCGAGGCCAGCCUGGGCCUGCUAGCCAAUCAGAGGAGACGACAGCUGCUGACAGGCUUGCUCAAGUCGCUUCGGACCAUCAAGACCCUGCAAAGAACAGACGUGAGACUCAGCGAGAUGCUUGAGGAGGAGGACUAUCCAGGUGCAAUCCAGCUCUGCUUGGAGUGCCAGAAGGCCGCCAGCACCUUCAAACACUACAGCUGCAUCAGCGAAUUGAAUUCCAAACUACAAGACACUCUCGAGCAAAUAGAGGAGCAGCUGGAUGUCGCCCUGUCGAAGACUUGUAAGCACUUUGAUGUUUCGCACUACACCAAGGUCCAGCUGGCCUACACGCUUCUGGGCAAGACACAGACGGCCAUGGACCAGCUCCACAUGCACUUCACCCAGGCCAUCCACAACACUGUGUUCCAGGUGGUGCUGGGAUAUGUGGAGCUGUGCGCCGGCAACGCAGACACCAAGUUCCAGAAGAUGCAGUACAAAGAUCUCUGCACGCAUAUUACCCCGGACAGCUAUAUCCCUUGCCUGACAGAUCUGUGCAAGGCAUUGUGGGAGGUGAUGCUAAGCUACCAUCGCACCAUGCAAUGGCAUGAGGAGCGUGACAAGGAGGAGGCCACAUCCACCCCAGAUGACUCUGCGGCGGCUGAGUCUGAUGAGUCAGUGGUGGACCGCAGCUACGUAAAGAAGAAGCUGGAGCACGGACUGACCCGCAUCUGGCAGGAUGUCCAGUUGAAAGUGAAGGCCUAUAUCCUGGGGACCGACAUGUCCAACUUCAAAUACGACGAUUUCAUAGUGGUGCUGGAUGUCAUCAGCAGGUUGAUGCAGGUGGGUGAGGAGUUCUGUGGCAGUAAGUCGGAGGUGCUGCAGGAGUCCAUCAAACGCCAGAGUGUCAAUUACUUCAAAAACUAUCACAGGGCUCGACUGGAAGAACUGAGAAUGUUUCUGGAAAACGAGACAUGGGAACUCUGUCCAGUCAAGUCAAACUUCAACAUUGCCCAGCUUCACGAGUUUAAGUUCAUGGGCCAGUGUCGCUCGCCGUCUGUCUCCCCCAACAGACAGGCUGUGUCGUCGGCCAGCCCUGCCGAGGAGGAGCUUUCACUCUUCCAGCGGUAUCUCCAGGAGGGCAACCCUUUUGAGAUGCACAUCGAGCACAAGGAGGAGGAGACCGAGGAUGUGCUGGCAUCUAACGGGUAUGAGUCAGAUGAGCUGGAGAAGAGUGUGUACCAGGACUAUGACAGCGACAGCGAUGUCCCAGAGGAGCUCAAGCAGGACUACGUGGAUGAGCAGACGGGCGAUGUCCCCCUCAAGAGUGUGUCCCGAGAGACCAUCAGAAGCAGGAAGAAGUCCGACUACAGCCUUAAUAAGACCAACGCACCAAUCCUCACCAACACCACCCUGAACGUCAUCCGGCUCGUCGGGAAAUACAUGCAGAUGAUGAACAUCUUGAAACCCAUCGCCUUUGAUGUCAUCCACUGUGUUUCACAGCUCUUUGACUACUACCUGUAUGCCGUCUACACCUUCUUCGGACGCAAUGAUAUGCCUGUCCCAAGCCCAUCUUUGCCCACUCAGGGUGGCAGAGAGGUGGGCGCUGCCAGGGUGGUGGGCCCUGCUUGCUUGUAUGAGUCAUCGGGUCUGGGCCUUAUCAGCAGCAGACUGAGAACCACACUGAACCGCAUCCAGGAGAGCCUCAUUGACAUGGAGGCAGCAGGGGAGAACGCAGGAGUCCACGGGCCGGCGGAGGACAGGAAGGAGAAGGUGCCCAGCCCCCAUCUCAGCCAGCUGGUGGUUCUCACCAACAGUGGGACCCUCUACGGCCUGGCACAGAGGGUGGUGGCCACCGAGUCGCUUGUGUUUCUGGCUGAACAGUUUGAGUCCCUCCAGUCCCACCUGGAUACGAUGAUGCCCGCCGCCAAGAAGCCCUUCCUGCAACAGUUUUACUCCCAGACGGUGUCUACAGCCAGUGAACUUCGUAAACCUAUAUAUUGGAUUGUGGCAGCCAAAGCCAUCGACUACGAACAGAUGCUGCUCAUGAUGGCUGGAGUUAAAUGGGACAUUAGGGAGAUAAUGUCCCAACAUAACGUGUAUGUGGACGUCUUAUUAAAGGAGUUUGAGCAGUUUAACAAGAGGCUGGGUGAGGUGUCAAGACAUGUGCGCAUCCCCCUGCCGGUGUCCAACGUCCUGUGGGAGCACUGCAUCCGCCUGGCCAACCGCACGCUUGUAGAGGGCUAUGCUAAUGUCAAGAAGUGCAGCAAUGAGGGCCGGGCCCUGAUGCAGCUGGACUUCCAACAGUUCCUGAUGAAGCUGGAGAAGCUGACCGACCUGCGGCCCAUCCCUGACAAGGAGUUUGUGGAGACCUACAUCAAGGCUUACUACCUGACUGAGAACGACAUGGAGCAGUUCAUCAAGAAUCACAGGGAAUACUCCAUGAAGCAGCUAGCCAACUUGGUCAACGUUUGUCUGGGUUCGCACAUAAACAAGAAGGCGCGUCAGAAGCUUCUGGCCGCCAUUGAUGAUAUCGACAGACCAAAGAGAUAGAUGGAAGAAUGAGACCAUCCCAAGAAACACCGCCCAGCCCACAGAGCCGGACUUCCCUGCAGAUGAAUGACCACAGCUACACUAAAGACGGAGCUCAGCGCAGAAUGUCACAUUUUCAGUUCAGAGCACACACAGCGAGCUCGAGGUGUGUUCAACAAGCAGUUAGUGAAGAUAUACAUGGUAUUGCUAUUGUACAACAUUAUAUUCUGUAAAACAGUGUUUGCUGUAAGACCAUUACAAAAGAACAUGGACGUAAUUGUGUUAAUUUGGCUAAUAUCUUUCCUCACAUUUCCAGACUGGUUGAUAGUUACUGGCCAUUAAGAAACUGUUGAACGCACCCGAUGACAUGAUGAUGGACUUGAAUACUAAAACUUUGUUUCACAUUCAAGCAUGUUGCAGUGACUCUGUAUGUUAACGCCUUUUAUGAUGCAUGCCCCAGCAUUUUCAUAUCAACAGACGUGCUGCUUCCAACUUCUGCUGCUCUGUCUUUGCUACCACAAACACCUGGGCCUCGCCAAGGCUCCAUGAGAAUGAGGUUUGCUUUUUGUUGUUGUUGUGUUUUUUUUUUUUUUUAAGAAAAAUGACUCGGAAUAUCUAGGAGUGCAGGUGAUGUGUGUUCACCAAAUGUGUUCACUUUCUGGUACAACUCCAAAAAGCAAAAGCAGGUGUACUUUGAGUUGGAAAACUAUAUGAGCUACCCCAUUAGGUAGUAAAGCCUAUGUGAAGAUUGAGGACCAAGUUAGUGGUGGUUUCAAGUGUAUACAACCACAGUCCAACAUGAAGUCGUGACUAAUUCUCUUCAGAUAUGAGAUAUGGUUCCCUUUAAUCGCUCAUGAUAAAUUAGGGCAGCCCAUAUGUUUGUGUAUAUUAUUUCGCUUCGGGGCAUUUGUCGUGCCUGACUGGAUGCUACUGUAAUGCUUCUUGCCUUUGUUUUGUUUGUUUCGUCCAAGAAUUGUGUAAAUCUAAUAUAAUAAUGAUUCUGGAACUAUUAUAAAUGGUUGUAGUUAACAUUAACACAAUACUUAGAUUGUAAUCUGCACCAGCUGCACUUCAUUUGUCAUGUCUUCUGAGGAAAUUAUUUUAUAAUCCUGGGGUGGGUCUCUGAAAGUCUUUGUGGUCACAGUGUUGUAUUGCUUAGCUUGCAGUUCACUGUCUGCCCUUCAUGUUGAACAGUAAAAUGUUUGGGGGCUUUUUUAGCAGUUUUGUAAGUUUGUGCAGUCAAGCGCUGAUCGUGUGGUCUCUUGAGUGAAUAACUGAGCUGUGGGGACGACGACAAAAACAAGUCUUUAAGUCUUUGGGAAAGUUAUCCCUCAGUCAUCUCCAUUAGUUUAACUCAACCAGCUCUGCCUGGGAGACAGAUGGCUUUUCUGUCAAAUGAAAGAAAUGAAGUUACACUUUCUGAUCCUGCUCUACUCCAUUCUUAUGUUGUGCACAGUUAUUCCAAGAAGAAUAAUAUAAAUGUGAAUGUUUUGAACAUUGUUUCUAUUUAUUUCUUGCUUUUUGUGUCUUGUUUGGGUUCAGGGCUUUUUUUAUAUAUAUAUGAAAAUUGCUGGAAGACCAUUGUCAUCUCUCGCCUCUGAGUACCCUGUAACCUGUCUUACUGUUAUGGAAAUACAUAUAUUUAAACAUUGACAAUUAUAUCAAGGCUCAAGUGCACUAUAGUGAAAAUCAGUAAUCAGUGUUGGAGUUGUAGUUUUAACCAAAAUGAUUCUAACAUAAUAAACACACUAAUGGUGGAUA